UCACCAUUUCUUGAGAGAGCAGUCACUGUGUCACGAAAGCUUACUCCAGAUGAACGAGUAAUGUAUUAUUGGUUGAUGACCACUCACCACGGCAAUGAAGAACAAAUUAUCUACAAUGACCGAGUAGUUGAGGUCAUGCUCUUGGAGUUCUGUUCGCUACUGCCGCAUCAUGAGGUUUCAAGUGGAGUAAUUAGCUCCUUCUGCUCUGUACUUAACCAUAUGGAAGAUUUGAAAUCUGUCACCUCGCCAAAAAGACUAUUUUUCACAACCUACCCUGCUCUUUACACGGUUGUUAUGAGUAAUGGGCGGGAUGAUGAUGCAGACAAACUAGACGAAUUUGCCUCAAACAUUGACAAAGAGGUCAGCGAAAUACCACACUUCGCAUGGGGUGACAUAGAUAUGGUAUUCUUUGCAUUCUGCGUUUCAAAAAGGUACUACACUGUGUGCUUUUGUUUCAAACGAAGAUCAGUGGUGAUUAUAGAUGCUUGUAAAGAUGGAGAAAACAAUGACUUGCGAUUCACCUACGGAUGUAUUCCAGAGGCAUUGAGGACAUUCUUUUGUAAGUAUUUAUCAAGAAUUGGUUGUCACAAUCAAUGCAAAUCGGUUAUAAACGUGCCUAUUCAGAGGAUGAAGAUGAGUUGGAGAACAACAGACAAUGCAGAAGACAGUGGCGUUUAUUUGCUUAGACACCUUGAAGUCUACAUGGGUGAAAGGGAGGGACAAUGGAAUUGUGGACUAACGACAAAAAACAAAGGUGUGCUACAGUUUUUAAGAGCUAAAUACAACCGUGUGUUGAUGUUGGCAGGAAUUAAUCACAGCGCGUUACUCAAUAAAGAUGCGGCAUAUAAACAUUUUGCGAAGGAAAACAAGAAAACCAAGAUCAACGUAGAACACAUGAUAGCAAACUACGGAUCGGUGCAAAUGUAUAUUGCAUAAGUCAAAUAAGUUUUUCAUUUUGUUCGUU